GUGUCAUGUCUACAUCGCAACACACUCAACCACAAGAAUGUAAUAAGUUUACGUCACGGUGUGCCCAGACUUCAGAUGGUGAAAUGCUAGCAUUACAAAAACAGGCUCAACGUAAAGACGUCUGCAUGGUGACACCCAAACAAGGGAUGACCUCAAAAAUGGAAGUAAGUACCUUGGUAGUAUAAGGUAAAUAGUAUAUACACACAUUAAAUAGUUUUUGUCUACAUGUUGUGUCACUGAAAAUACAUUUUUUCCUCUUUUAAGAAAGACCGUGUGUCCCUCUGAAAACAAAAAUUGUUCAACAUCUUUUAAAUAAGGCUUCAAAUAUAUAUUCCAGAUGGUCUGUUCUUCACAAACAGCAUUAAAGGAGCUUGAUAUUCUGCUUGUUGGUAAGACCGGAUACGGUAAGAGUGCUGCUGGCAACACAAUCAUUGGCCAUUCAGUUUUUAAAAGUGUUGCCUCAGUUUCGUCAGUGACUAAAGACGUCUCAUACAGAAUUGUUAACUUUGAAGACGUGGUCUUGAAAAUUGUAGAUGGUCCCGGUGUAGCUGAUACAUCGGACACCACUGAUAUAAAAAACACUUGCAAUCUUAUUAUCGAUAAGAUGAAAGAUGCAAUAAUUCUGAGUCCCGAAGGGUACCACGCAUUUCUCCUCGUGAUUAAGUUUGGGAACAGGUUUACGGCAGAAGACAAUUUGAGUGUAGUCAUUUUAAAACAAAUAUUUGGGAAAGACUUUGUCGCAAAGUACUGUAUAUUGCUGGUAAAUGGCGGAGACAACUUCAAAGUAGAAAACCCGAAUACAUGCUUCAAAGAUUGGUGUAAAGAACAAACGGGAGUUUUUCAAAGUCUCCUAUGCGAGUGCAAUAACAGAGCAGUGUUGUUUGAUAACAAAUCUAAGGAUCCCAGAGUAAGAAUCGAACAGGUAAAAGAACUGGUUAGGGUCAUCGAAUCUCUCCCAAAUGGUGGGCAACGAUACACGGACGCUCGAUUCCAAGAGAUAGCUGAACAUAGAGAGCAAUUACUCCUGGAGGCAAAAGAACCAAUGAUUAGGGAAGAAACUCUAAAACAAGUCAGUCAGAUCAUAACAAAUAUUGAACGAGUAUCCAUGCUUGAAGAUAGUGAACAACUGGAUGAACUCCAGAAAAUCCGGUUGCGAGCCAAAGAAAUCGAAAGGGAAGUAAUUGAGCGCGACAAUGGAACGGAUGUUCUCAAGUAUGCUCUUCAAACUACUGACACUCUGAAAAAAACUAUCGAAAAUAAAAUCGAUACUCUUAAAAAGCUGAUUGCUGAAAAAGAAAAAACAAUGAAACUAGAGGAGGAUUUAAUUGAAAGAAAAGAGAAAUUCGAAAAAAGAAACAGAGAAGAAAUGCGACUUGUGGAAGAAGAGCUUAAU